UACGCGUCAUUGUCAUAUCUUGAAAAUUAGUACAGCGGCGAACCCCGACGGCAAAUUGACGAUUUUCCGCGUUCGAGUUUUCAAAAUAUUCGAAUGGUGAAGAGAGCGUCGCGGAUGCUAUCAGAGAAGUGUGUUCGCGCUGUGUUUGGUGGUGGACUCAGUCGGCUAGAAGAGAUGUCAGCGUUAAGCGUGAGAGCGCCCGGCCUGCAGACGACCUCCGUGCUGGACACGAGGUCGUUACGGGUCCGAGGUGUCACCACGCUCGAGGGAGUGAGAAGAAACCUAUUCGGCUGCACCGAUAGGGAAGAAAAUAGAAAGUUUGUCGAGCGGGAGUUGGCGAGACAGUUGGAGCUGGACAGCCAGAGAUGGGGUUUCGAUUUCGCGAACGAGCAACCUCUGCCGGGCCCUCAGAGGUUCGCGUGGUCGCUGGUGCCGGCGUCGGCGGUCCCGGCGGCCCUCAGAAGAGCACCCAUGGCCAUGGCGCCGCCGAAGCCCAGUGCACCAUCGCAAGAAUCGCCUACAAAAUUAUCGAGCCCCGAGAGCGGCAAGACGCAGAAGAGAAUAACAGACUUCCUGAAGCCGCGCAAGCGAUUAUCGGCGGCGAGCAAGAAGUCGCCGCAUGCGCACAAGGAGUGCGGGCACGGCGCGCACAUCCGCCCGCCCAAGGUGGCCCGCCUCAGCCAGACCCACAAGCGCCCCAGCUAGGCUUCG